UCUUCCGGGCGGCUGGUUCGAGGAUUUGUUUUGUCACAAGCGGCCGUCGGCCGGGCCUCCGCGGCGGGCCGCGCCAUGCCGUCCGAGAGCCGCUGUUGGGAGACGCUGCGGGCGCUGCGCAGCUCCGAGAAGGGCCGCCUGUGCUACCACCGCGACUGGCUGCUGCGGGGCGAGGAUGUUCUAGAAGGAUGCAUGUCCGUUCCCAAGCUCUCUCCUUACUCCGGAUGGGUGGUGGAUCACGUGUUACCUCACACAGAAGAACACGUGCCUCCUUUGGAGGCGUCAGCAGCCACUAGAUCGUCUUCGGGCCUGGACAGGUCUUCCUGCGUCCCCACAUCCCCAGGAAGAAACACUGCCUUCUCUCCUGUGUUCCCAGAAACUCCAGAUGGAACCCAGGGCAAGCAUGACUCUCAGCACACAGAACCCAUGGCCCUUCAGUCCUGCCGGGGGAUGAAGGUGGAAGGCUGUAUCCGGAUGUAUGAGCUGGUGCACAGGCUGAGAGGCACGGAAGGCCUGCGGCAGUGGCAGGAGGAGCAGGAGCGGCGGGUGCGAGCCCUCUCCGAGAUGGCAUCCGAGCAGCUGAAGCGCUUCGACGAGCACAAGGAGCUGAAGCAGCACAGGGAGUUACAGGACUUGCGGGAGGUGAUGGAGAAGAGCUCCCGAGAAGCCCUGGGGCAGCAGGAGAAGCUGAAAGAGGAGCACACCAAACGAGCCCAGAUUCUCAAUGGAAAGCUGCUGAAGCUGCGGGAGGCAGAGCAGCAGCGCCUGAAGCUGGAGGAGCAGGAGCGGGCCCGGCGGGAGGAGGCCGAGGACCGCCGGCGCAGCCUCUACGCCCUGCAGGAGGAGCUGCUACACCUGCACCAGCAGCUUGAGGCCCUGGCCCAGCGCCAGGACCUGCUCAAGGGCGACCCCUCGGCCUUCCGCACCCGGGGCAACCAGCUGUGCGGGCAGAUCUCCGCUAUCAUCCGCAACUCCAGCUCCACCGAGAACCGCUCUCCCACAACAGAGGACCAGGCCGAGGCAGAGAGAGCGCUCCAGGAGAUGCGGAGCCUCCUCACCAACCUGCAGCAGGAGGUGGCCAUGGCCUGCGAGGACAAGCGGCGGCAGGAAGAAGAGGUGGCUCGGGCGAAGCUUCAAGAGACCCAGAUGCAGAAGGCGCCCGAGGUCCGCAAGGACGUCCCAGCUCCCAGCCAGGGCUUGGGAGGGAAACAGAGCGAAGAGCUGCAGGUGAAGGUGCAGGACAGCACCAUGCAAUGGUACCAGCAGCUGCAGGACAUUUCCAGCCAGUGCAUGUUGGCCUUUGAUGGCCUGGCCAACGGCAAAGAUAGUCAGACCAAGAAGAUCAAGAUGGACCUCCAGAAGGCGGCCACCAUCCCCGUGAGCCAGAUCUCCACCAUUGCAGGCUCGAAGCUGAAGGAGAUCUUCGACAGGAUCCACAACCUGCUCUCUGGGAAACCGGUGCAUUCCGGGGGACGCUCUGUGUCAGUCACUCUCACCCCACAGGGCCUGGACUUUGUCCAGUACAAGCUGGCGGAGAAGUUUGUGAAACAAGGAGAAGAGGAGGUGGCAUCCCACCACGAAGCUGCCUUCCCCAUCGCUGUGGUGGCUUCCGGGAUCUGGGAGCUGCACCCCCGGGUGGGGGACCUCAUUCUUGCUCAUCUCCACAAGAAGUGUCCUUACUCGGUCCCCUUCUACCCAGCUUUCAAGGAGGGAAUGGCUCUGGAGGACUAUCAGAGGAGUCUUGGUUACCAGGUAACAGAUUCCAAAGUGGAACAGCAGGACAACUUCCUGAAACGCAUGUCUGGGAUGAUCCGUCUCUAUGCGGCCAUCAUCCAGCUCCGGUGGCCGUAUGGGAACCGACAGGAGGCUCACCCCCAUGGCUUAAAUCACGGCUGGCGCUGGUUGGCACAAAUCCUGAACAUGGAACCCCUGUCUGAUGUGACCGCCACCCUUCUCUUUGACUUCUUGGAGGUGUGUGGGAAUGCCCUGAUGAGGCAGUACCAGCUCCAGUUCUGGAAGAUGAUUCUUCUUAUCAAAGAGGAUUACUUCCCCAGGAUUGAAGCCAUCACCAGCUCUGGGCAGAUGGGCUCCUUCAUACGCCUCAAGCAGUUCUUGGAGAAAUGUCUACAGCGCAGGGACAUCCCCGUCCCCAAAGGCUUUCUGACGUCCUCCUUCUGGCGUUCCUGAUGGCCUCCGUCACCCGCCGCCCACUGCCACCAAUGCCACCCUGUGGUUCAGAGGCAAUAAAAAGGCCCCCGGCCAACCGCCCGGCAGAAGUCUUGUCCCACAUAGAAGUCUACCAAUGUGUAUUUUCAUAUAUUUGUGCCUUGUGACAUGGGUUGCAGAAUCAAGGUGGUCCCUUAAUACAUUUGAUGACCCUCUUCGGGUCUGUAUGACAGACAGAGUCGGCCUUUCUCAUUUCCCCACAAGUCAGGAGAAAUGUUCCCGAUCCCCGCCCUCCCUCUUGAUGUUCUCCCAUCUCAGCCUCGCCUCUCGCAGAAAGCAGGUAAUACCAUGGCCAGUUUGCCGAGAUGCUGCGCCCGCCUCUCCCUCCCUCUUGACGCUCCCGUGGGUACAAGUGGGUUCAGGAAAGGAGACAGCUCCUGAGGUCCCGUCAGCUUCUCCCCAAUCCUUCCAAGCUGGUCCGGGUGCUGGCGCUUCGUCUUCUUCGCUGGCGCCCCGACCUCUCCCAUCUUACACCCGAGAGAGGCUUGUUGGGGAUCAGGGUUUGGGCACGGUCACAGAGCAGCUCCGUCCACCUCUCGUGGGACGUCUGCUCCCCAGACAGUGCCACCAAGGGAGGCUGAGAACCACGGGUGCAUUUCUGGCUCUCCGCUGUGAAGAUGGGGCUUGCAGCAUCACCGCCGCGCUGAGCCCGAGAUGUCAGGGAGGAGCCUGUGCCGUGAGCAGUGACCGUGAGAGCCGCCCCGCUCCGGAGAGUAAGGGGCAAGCUGCCCGGGGCCUAGCUCUGUUGGCCGCAGCCUGCCCCCACCGCAGUGCAGUGGGAGUGACCCACUUUAAGAAUUGUGAGUGCCGUGCCAAGAAAAAUAAUAAAACUUGAUUUUA